CUCCUCGUAUAUAUAUAUAUACACAUAUAAAUUGUGAUCGAGUUCAGCAAUUAAACUAGGGUUUUUUAUCAUUUGUUGAGAGCUAGGGUUUUCAACAACUACUGACAGCUGAAGAAAUAUGGGUCACUCGAAUGUAUGGAAUUCGCAUCCUAAGAGCUACGGGCCUGGCUCUCGCACCUGCCGUGUUUGUGGAAACCCACAUGGGCUAAUCCGGAAGUAUGGGUUGAUGUGUUGUAGACAGUGCUUCCGCAGCAAUGCCAAGGAAAUUGGCUUCAUUAAGUACCGCUGAAUGCUCAGAGCUUCCUGAUCAACUGCGAGGAAGGUUUUGUUAGAAGGAUAUGGUGCAGAGCUCUUUUAAUUUUCUCUUAAAUUUGUUCCUCAACAUGUAGUUUACUUGAUUUUAAAGUUGUAAUUUCCUCUUUUGUUGGCUGACAAUUAAACAAAUGAAGUUAUAGUUGGACAGAGUUUUUUUUUA